CCACGUUACCGCAAACCAAACGUGUACGGCGGGCCGGCCUAAGACCUGGCAACAUUUUUUUACAAGUCAAAUCUGUCAAUGUCAAAGUAGUUUCUUUCAUCUUGGUGCCACUUUGUGAAGAUCACAAUGGGGCGCCGGCCAGCUAGGUGUUAUCGGUACUGUAAAAACAAACCGUACCCAAAGUCGCGGUUCUGUCGUGGUGUGCCAGAUCCGAAGAUCCGUAUCUUCGAUUUGGGAAAGAAGAAGGCUACAGUGGACGACUUUCCACUAUGCGUGCACUUGGUGUCUGAUGAGUACGAGCAACUGAGCUCUGAGGCGCUGGAAGCGGGCCGUAUUUGCUGUAACAAAUACCUGGUGAAGAACUGCGGCAAAGAUCAGUUCCACAUCCGCAUAAGGCUGCAUCCAUUCCACGUCAUCCGCAUCAACAAAAUGUUAUCGUGCGCUGGGGCUGAUAGGCUCCAGACGGGGAUGCGAGGCGCGUUCGGCAAGCCGCAGGGCACGGUGGCGCGCGUGCACAUCGGGCAACCCAUCAUGUCCGUGCGCUCCAGCGACCGCUGGAAGGCGCAGGUCAUCGAAGCUCUCCGCCGUGCCAAGUUCAAGUUCCCUGGCCGUCAGAAGAUCUAUGUAUCAAAGAAGUGGGGCUUCACGAAGUACGAGCGCGCGGAGUUCGAGAAGCUGCGGGGAGAGGGCCGCCUGGCCAACGACGGCUGCAACGUGCAGUAUCGGCCGCAGCACGGGCCACUCGACGCCUGGCGCAAGGUGCAGUACGAGAUACACAAUGUAUAGACACUACACAAUAAACUGGAUAUUUUAUAA